AAGGGCUGUUUGGUGCAACUUGUAUGAAGGGUUUUUUAACUUUAAAAGCACAAGCCGCACCAAACAUCAUAAUUUGUGAAAAUUGUUGGAGCUUUUCAGAAGCUACUCCAUUCCUUUGAAAAUCCUAGAAACACCAAUUUGAUGCUUUUACGGGAGCUUCUUGCUUAUGAUUUAAUGAAAUUAAUAUGCCAAAUCUUGCAUUUCUUCUCCUUUCCUUCUUGCCCAUCUUCUUCCAAAGCAAACUGGAAAAUCCCCAUUGUCAAUCAUUGGCCUUUUUUUUCCCUAACUGCUUCAAAGCAGAAAAGCACAACCUAGCCAACAAAAGGCCAAAAUCCCAUUUCUCCUUCUUCUUCUUCUUCUGUGUGUCUCCUUCCUUUUCUCUGAAUUUUUUUCCUUUUUUGGUGUUUUUGCUACUAAUUUGGUCGUGAUGAGUGAUGAUUGCUGGUUGGUAAUGUGAGUUGGUGAGAGAGUUAAUCGAAAAUCCCUUCUCGUUCUCCUUCUUCUUCUAGAUCUGGGCCACAUAAUGACCAUCGAUGACUGCCCAGACCACCGCGAUAAUCCUUGUCUUCUCCUCAAAAAUCCCUAAUUAUUGUUACUUACUGUGAGAUCACAAUGAGCUUGAAGAUCUCGAGGAUCUGUUACUUACCAUGAGACCGUGGAUCCAUUGCUACUGAAUCUACAAAGCCACUAUUAGUAAGCUCCCAUUGCUCCCCUUUCUUUUCUUUUUGAUUGAAGAUUGUUUGAAGAUUUUUUUAUUUAUUAUUACUGUUUCUUCUACUUCCUCAUGUCAAAAGAAUUUAUGUCUUGUAAUUUGCCAUUUUUUUUUUCACAUUUUUCUUCUGUUUUUCGGCAUUUUCUUCUGUUUUUAACUUGUUGUUUCUAUUUUUGGAUAAUAAGCUUCAUGGGUUUGUGGCAAAGAAUUGGUAAAUCGUGAUGCUUGUGUGAUUUGCCUCAUGUUUGUAGUAACUUUUUCUUCUCUAUUGAAAUUAUUUUUGUUGUGAAGAAAGCUAAGGAAAGGUGGAGAAGAGUAGAAUAGAGUAUUGUUUUUUGUUCUUUGCUGAAUUAGUUAAAUCAAUUUUGGUGCUACUGGAUUAUCUUCUUCUUCUUAUUUUCUUUUUUUAAGUAAUUUAAUUCAUAUUGAUUAGAGGAGAAUCUGAACUUUAUUUCUUACGCUUGCCUUGAUUUCAC